CUUCGUGCAGGUUGGAGGUGCAAAGUCUGAAGAGACCGUGCUGAAGGGGCAGAGAACUUUCAGUCAGUCAGAACAUGUCGGUGGUGAGCGAGCAGAUUCCGACAGAGCCGAUCUCUGCAGUCGGAGUUCUUUCUUCACCCAGCAAGGCUCCGGAUGACUACUUUGUUGUAGCACAAACAACAGAUGGCUCCGACGCUGACCUGUGGAAGGACGGCUUAUUCAAAUCCAAGGUCACCCGCUACCUCUGUUUCAGCAGAAAACCUGGCCCUGACGUUGUCGAGGAUGUGAAGCUGACGGACAUUAAGGAUGCACUGCCCGAGGGCUUCGUCGCAGUGCAAGAAACGUUGGACACAAACGAGGCCGCCAUGAGGAAGAGGAGGCUUUGUGUGAAAAUCAGCCCGCGUGCAGUUGCGCACACGGCCGUCUUUGACAUCCGGGUGCUUGGCAAAUCCAAGUUUCAUCUUCUCAACUACACCUGCAUGGGAGAGAUCAAUAACAUGGGGAUAUGGUAUCGGAAGGGGGAGGUUCCUCAUCUGCCGUCAUCUCAGGAGAGAUUCAGCAGAGUUCCAAGUGAUGUCCCCUCCGAUAUUGAAAGGAGGACCAGCAGCAGGCCGGAGUGUGAGCGCCAGAGCAGCAGCGGCGGCUCCACAGUGGCAGUGGGCCAGGGACAAGGGAUCACCCAGCAGAGGAAUGCCAUGGAUGAUGUACCCUUUGGCAUCGCUCAACGUUUUUAUGAUACACCAAAAGAGAUGCAGCAAGUCAAUUUAAUGGGCAUUACGAUCAAAUCCCUGGCAGAGAUCGAGGAGGAAGUGAGUAGAGGCCGCAACGCUCGGCUGCAGCUGCCGCCGCUGGCCCGGAAUGCAAAGCAAACAGUCUCGGGCUUGUAAUUAAGUGUCUGAGACAGCGAGACCCUGUUGGCUCCACUAAGCCCCAAUUGAAUAAAAGCAUGCCCUGGCUAGGCAGCCAUCGCCUCUUAAAAGCUUUGUCUCCUGUUCCAAAGCCCUUGACUUUUAUUCCCCAAUUCUUCUCCAAAACAGUUCAAUCAAGGAGCACUCAGAACGUUGGAGGUUCCCGAGGUUUUCAUCUUCUAAUCAGCAGCCGGGGAAACGCGCUCAAUUUCCUCGCUACA